UAUAACUCCUACAACCACCUCCAAAGUAGAAAAGGAGAUCCAAAUGGGUCUCUGAUUCUUGCCUUCAAUGUAGCAGAAAAGCAUGAUUUGCCAAAUGAAAACAUAAUUUUUCAGGCAUCGACUCGGGACUCGGAGUUAGAUGUUGCUUGUGAUGCUGAUGCUAAAAGAGAACUUUUGACACUGUCUGAGGAUAUUGGUCUUCCUGCUUCUCCAAAUGAAGAAUCUGAGAGUACGAAAAGUUCUGAUGAAGUACUAGGUAUUGCAAUGGUUGGAGUUUCAAUGGAGGUAGAUAUUACAAAUGAACAAAAUACAUGUUUGGCCUUGAAUGAUCUGCCUUUACCAGAGCAUUUUUCAAAGAGAGAACAAUUUAGGGAUGCUGGCAAUGAUGCAGCUAUACUUGCUGAUUGCCUUCCAACUCCAGAGUCUCAUAUUGAGAUGACUAUUAUAGAUGAUUUUUCUGUUGCAAAUCAUGAGUCAACAGAGCUCACAAUGGAGCAAAGGGACGGAGAAGCUGAUACUAGGGUUCAUAAUCCAACUUGCAGUCAAUCUAUAUCAGUUACAUUGUCUUGGAUUUCUCCAACUAAAACUGAACACAAUUUAUGCUCACUCCAUCGAAACAAGGUUCUCAACACUUCCUUCACAAUGGCUCCCCGGUUGGGAUACGGUAAUCUUGAAUCUGACAUGUAUUAAACAAGUUGGCUAUUGACUUGAAAGUCGUGCGUUACGUGCAAACAUAUAAAAGGGAUUAUUAAGGAUGCCUUGUUCAAAUGUUUAUAGAGAUUUGCUGUGCAUAUCAAAUAAAGAAAACCUAAACCUAGUUUUCACUAACACCUGAGUUCAAAAGA